AUGGCGAACUCAAAAGAGACAUCGACGUCCAUGGACAAAGAAGACCACGCUGUGGCUUUUACUUGGUGGAGGGACAGUCAUAAUCGUCCUCAUCAUUCUCAGUGGCUUCAAGCUACCCUCUCCGAUUUGGAUGAGAAGACUCAACUGAUGCUGGAUAUUAUUCAAGAAGAUGGAGAUUCAUUUGCAAGGAGAGCUGAGAUGUUUUUCAAAAAAAAACCUGAGCUGAUAACCAGGUUGGAAGAUUUGUACAAAUCGUACCGUUCUCUAGCUGAGAACUACGAUCAGCUAAGAUCUGAACUGAUUCAAGCUGCUCAGCUGAGAUCCUUGUCUUCAUUAGACUGCAUCAAAGUGCAAACCAUCCAAAAAUGCGAGAAGGAAAUCUCGGGAUACUUGAAACUCAAGGCAAUACCAAACAGUACCAUUGAAACUGAAACCACAUGCAGCUCUGAUGAUGCUAACUUUCAUGAGUACCUGCCUAGAAGGCUGGAUGAUAGGUUGGUGUUGAUGAGUAAUGAGCGGAAGGACUCCUCAGCUAGCAGUGAUAAGGCUAUGGAGGCCAGAGGACUGAAUGGCAACAUGGACGAGACAUUACGCAGUUUAGAGAAGGCGAAAAUUUUGGAGGAAAGGGUGUCAGAACUGAUUGAUGAAAACACGCAUCAGCAGGAGACACUGAUAUCGAAUAUUAAGGAUAAGAGUGAUACAAUCAAGAAGCUAAAGGAAGAGAACAGGAUUUUGAGAGCUCAGAUGGCAAGAGCAAUCGAUACGAAGAAAACCGAACUUCCAAGGUCCAAGUCCAAAUUAGGGCCUUUUUUCAUUGGAAGGCUUACAGGAUGCACUCGAUCUCCUUAA